ACCAGGUGUGGCCCAGACUUCCGCAUGCAGCCUGCCCUUGGGUCUCCUGGAGUCUUCCCGGGUCGGGAGCCUCAGCCUUCUGGAGACUGACAUCAUCCUCUUACUCAGAGACGAAUCUUUUUGUUGUUGCCACCACCUCGCAGACCACAGGUGCUCCGGGGCUCUUUCUAAGGGAGACAAGCUGUUCUAGCCGGGAGGCUGGAGUCUCCUGCGCCUGGACAAACCCCGGGGUGUGAGGGAUGGGUAUGCCUGAAAGGAGGGGAAGUGGCGCGGCUUUAAUCAUCUGGGCUAGUCCCCGGCGGGCCUGGGGGAACAGGGAAACUGGAGGCUGCCUUGAAGGGGCAGGAUGAGACAUCGCAAGAGGAGCUGCAGAUAGUGAGCGUGCGCCCCGGGUUCUCGCCGCCUUCUCACCUCAGAGCAGCCCUUCGGCCACCCUUUGCCCUUAAAAAUCUGCAGACUGCGCCUCCUCUCCGCGGGAGCUAGACCUAGCAGGCCCGCGCUGGGCGUGCCCUCGCCUGCCCCGCCGCGCGCUGCCCUCAGCCGGGCCGCUGGGGGCCGUGCAGUGCACCUGGCACGCCGCGCCAGGCUGGGGGCCGGCACCGAGCCUCCGCGGGCGGUCCCAAGGCAGCUUUGCCUGCGCGCCCUGGCUCCAGCCCUCACCUGCCUCAGCCUUAGCUGAGCAGCCGCCGCCACCGAGCGCCCCCCGCUCCCCACUUCGCCAGCGCCAGCUCCUCGGUUUGGCCCGGGGUAGUUUGUAGGGACGCAGCUCUCCACGUGCGCGACUGCGAGGCUGGACACUACAGGCUCCUGGAAAGGAGCAGACACCAGCGUCUGCCACAAUGCUGUCAUCCACUGACUUUACAUCUGCUUCUUGGGAGCUUGUGGUCCGCGUUGACCAUCCCAAUGAAGAGCAGCAGAAAGACGUCACACUGAGAGUAUCUGGAGACCUUCAUGUCGGGGGAGUGAUGCUCAAGUUAGUAGAACAGAUCAACAUAUCCCAAGACUGGUCAGACUUUGCUCUUUGGUGGGAACAGAAGCAUUGCUGGCUUCUGAAAACCCACUGGACCCUGGACAAAUAUGGGGUCCAGGCAGAUGCAAAGCUUCUCUUCACCCCUCAGCAUAAAAUGCUGCGCCUUCGCCUGCCGAAUUUGAAGAUGGUGAGGUUGCGAGUCAGCUUCUCAGCUGUGGUUUUUAAAGCUGUCAGUGAUAUCUGCAAAAUCCUGAAUAUUAGAAGAUCAGAAGAGCUUUCUUUGUUAAAGCCUUCUGGUGACUAUUUUAAGAAGAAGAAGAAAAAAGAUAAAAAUAAUAAGGAACCCAUAAUUGAAGAUGUUCUAAACCUGGAGAGUUCUCCAACAGCCUCAGGUUCAUCAGUAAGUCCUGGUUUAUACAGUAAAACCAUGACUCCUAUAUACGACCCCAUCAAUGGAACACCAGUGUCAUCCACCAUGACUUGGUUCAGUGACAGCCCUUUGACGGAACAAAAUUGCAGCAUCCUCGCAUUCAGCCAACCCCCCGAGUCUCCGGAAGCACUUGCGGAUAUGUACCAGCCUCGGUCUCUGGUUGAUAAAGCCAAGCUCAAUGCAGGUUGGCUAGACUCCUCGCGCUCCCUUAUGGAACAAGGCAUCCAAGAGGAUGAGCAGCUGCUGUUACGAUUUAAAUACUACUCUUUCUUCGACUUGAAUCCUAAAUACGAUGCUGUCCGAAUAAACCAACUCUACGAACAAGCCAGGUGGGCCAUUCUCUUAGAAGAAAUUGAUUGCACAGAGGAAGAAAUGUUGAUCUUUGCAGCUCUACAGUACCACAUUAGCAAACUGUCGUCGUCUGCCGAAACACAGGAUUUUACAAGCGAGUCCGAGGUUGACGAAAUAGAAGCAGCGCUUUCUAAUUUGGAAGUAACCCUAGAAGGUGGAAAAGCAGACAGCCUUUUGGAGGACAUUACUGAUAUCCCUAAACUUGCAGAUAAUCUCAAAUUAUUUAGGCCCAAGAAGUUACUACUAAAAGCUUUCAAACAAUACUGGUUUGUCUUUAAAGACACAUCCAUAGCCUACUUUAAAAAUAAGGAACUUGAACAAGGAGAACCAGUAGAAAAACUAAAUCUUAGAGGCUGCGAAGUUGUGCCCGAUGUAAAUGUAGCAGGGAGAAAAUUUGGAAUCAAGUUACUAAUCCCUGUUGCCGAUGGUAUGAAUGAAAUGUAUUUGAGAUGUGACCAUGAGAAUCAAUACGCCCAAUGGAUGGCUGCCUGCAUGCUGGCAUCGAAGGGCAAAACCAUGGCAGACAGCUCCUACCAGCCAGAGGUCCUCAACAUCCUUUCCUUUCUGAGGAUGAAAAACAGGAACUCUGCAUCUCAGGUGGCUUCCAGUCUCGAAAACAUGGAUAUGAAGCCAGAAUGUUUUGUGUCACCACGGUGUGCAAAAAAACACAAAUCUAAACAGCUGGCUGCCCGGAUCCUGGAGGCGCACCAGAACGUGGCCCAGAUGCCCCUGGUCGAAGCCAAGUUGCGGUUCAUCCAGGCGUGGCAGUCACUGCCUGAGUUCGGCCUCACCUACUACCUUGUCAGAUUUAAAGGAAGCAAAAAAGAUGACAUUCUGGGAGUUUCAUAUAACAGGUUGAUUAAAAUUGAUGCAGCCACCGGGAUUCCAGUGACAACAUGGAGAUUCACAAAUAUCAAACAGUGGAAUGUAAACUGGGAAACCCGUCAGGUGGUCAUCGAGUUUGACCAAAACGUCUUUACUGCAUUCACCUGCCUGAGUGCAGAUUGCAAGAUUGUACAUGAGUACAUUGGUGGCUACAUUUUCUUGUCUACCCGCUCCAAGGACCAGAAUGAAACACUCGACGAGGACUUGUUCCACAAAUUGACCGGCGGUCAGGAUUGAAGCAAGCAUGCGUGCUCGGCGCACACCAACAGGGCAAGCCAAAGGCGCCCCUCCCCGGAGGGAUGGGAUCCGUAACUUGCCCAGCAUGUAGAUACUGGACUAACAGACAACAUACGUUCACCGCUGGUCACCCAGGUCCUCACCUCAUUCAAACCCACUGCUGGCACAUCCCUCUCCUUACUUUGCUCUGUGCUACCAGCCAUGGAAGGAGCCUCUCUUGUUUUUUCUAGAAAAUGGGUGAGCAGGAGAAAAGGAGGUGCCCUAAGGUUGCUCUAAGGCCCAGUAUGUGGUUACAGUUCUGUGACUUGCAGAACCUGCCAGGUGGAUGGCUACAAGUAUCCUUGUCCUGAUCUGUCUCAUUACUAAAUCAGUGGAGAAGACAGAAAGGUAAAAAUCACGUGAAGAAAGAACAACUCUUAUUUCACAAACUCAGGUAUGAAACUAAAUGCCUGUCCUUCAUGAAACUGCUUUUAGCUCUUGUCUUUUCAAAAUGGCAAAGGGAGUUCCUACACACACUUUUUCCCUGGAGGCGAAGGUCUAGGGGUAGAAAGGGGAGGGGUGGGGCUAUCAGGUAGCAGUUGACGACCCAAGGUCAGAGCAGUGGCCCUCAGUGUCGUCUGUCCACAGUGAUACCUGCCAAGAUGACCGCUGACCCACAUCUGGUCUUAGUCAUUGGUCUCCUCAGGUUUCUUGGGCCACCUGCAAUCCCCAUUCCAUUCCUACAGAUCUCUCAGCCACCUGUAAGUCCUUUGUGAAGACGUGGGUGAUACAGGGGGACAGGAAAACCCAUUUCUCAACCCAGAUCCAUGUCUCAACUGCUUCUACUCUGGGUUGGGAUUCAGGAAGACAGGCACAGUCUUCUCUGUCCAUAGAAACACCUGUCAGCGUCAAGGAUUCCAGUCAGGUCUCUAUCCCAACUGGUCAGGGAGAGAAGGGCAGACCUAUUCUCAAAGACCACCAUGUCCAAGGUCUGACGGGAAGCAUCCCUCUUACUGCUGGUCUGUGUUCUCCUGGAUUUGGGAUCUGUGUUGCUAUGACUCCUGGCCUUUUCUCUAAAGGCCUUUGGCUUUUGUAAAUCAUGAGCCAAUAAUAGACUUUUUUCUCCCCCUCUGUGUUUUGCUGUGUCAUUUCUGCCUUGAGACAGCGCUUGCCUUGAGCGAGUGAGCCAAUUAACAGCUGCCUGAAUUGUCAUUUUCCAUUUUGGUUUGUUAGAGGUGGGAGGGGUGGGUUUUGAGGUUAAAAGCAAUACCAGAAGUACAGGGAAAUAUCAGACAAUAUUUGAUUUUUUUUCAUAGAUGUUCAGCCACACAAAGAACUCAGGUUGCAAGGAUAAGGCAAAAGCCCCAAUCCCAUUUUUCAGUUCUCCUAGGAUGUAUCCCCUCAGGGGGCCUGGCCAGAGUUCCGAGGCCCACGAGCGUCAGUUGUUGCUUUAUUUUCCAGCAAAGCCCUCUGAGAAAUGAGACCUCAGCAAUUCCGGGGGCCACAUAGAGACAGACUUGGCAAGGGACCCCCUGGUUCUGAGCCAAUAGCUGCCAUCUGGAAAUUCCUCUUUUAGCCUCUCCUUAGAGGUGAAUGUGAAUGAAGCCUCCCAGGAACCCGCUGAAUUUCUGAGGCCUUGCUUAAAGCUCGGAAGUGGUUUAGGCAUUUGGAAAAUCUGGUUCACAUCAUAAAGAACUUGAUUUGAAAUGUUUUCUAUAGAAACAAGUGCUGAGUAUACUGUGUUAUACCUGGUGUUGGUCAUUUUUCAGUCCUAUUUCUCAGUUCUAGUAUUUUAGAACCUAGUCAGUUCUUUAAGAUUAUAACCGGCCCUACAUUAAAAUAAUGCUUCUUGAUGUCAGAUUUUACCUGUUUGCUGCUGAGAACAUCUCUGCCUAAUUUACCAAAGCCAGACCUUCCAUUCAACGCGCUUCCUUAGCUUUCAUAGUUGUCUGACAUUUCCAUGAAAACAAAGGAACUAACUGGUUUUAACCAAACUUUGUUUGGUUACAAUUUUCAGGGGAGCAUUUCUUCUGUGACACAUAGCAACAUCCCAAAGAAAUAAACAAGCGUGACAAAAAAAAAAAACCCUAAAUGCUACUGUUCCAAAGAGCAACUUAACGGUUUUUUUAAUAUUGAGUGCAAAAGGUCACCCAGCUUCCUAUGAUGAAAUUUUAAAUUAAUGGGCACUUUUCAACAUCAUUUGCUUCCUUAUCUACACUUGAUUCAGAAAUCUGCAUUUUUUAUUAUUUUAUAUGACUUUUAAGAAAAGAUCUGUAUGGA